AUGGCCAAAUCUUACGCCCCUCCCCAGGAUCCGGCCAGCCAGUCGAACUACCGCUCGAUCUCGAUUCUUCACGCGCACCUAGACUGGGAUAUUCAUUGGGACCUCAAGACCAUCUCUGGAUCCGUCUCACAUACUCUUCAAGCGCAUGAGGAUGGGGUCUCAGAAGUCAUCUUAGAUACUUCGUUUCUUUCGAUCAAGCAAGUCACUAUAUUUGAUCCAAAAGUCACCCACUCAGAAUCUUUAAAGAUCCAUUUGGGUGAACGCCAUCCAGUACUUGGUUCAGCUUUAACCAUUACACUUCCUCAACCUUUGACGAGUGGACAACAAGUCACCCUGAAGAUAGAAUACGCAACUACCACCAAUUGUACCGCUCUGGGAUGGCUAGAGCCCUCACAGACUGCCUCCGGCAAUCACCCCUUCCUUUACUCUCAAUGUCAGGCUAUCCAUGCCCGAUCUCUUCUUCCAGUUCAAGAUACUCCAAGUGUCAAACUAACUUAUACAGCCGUUGCUCACUCCUAUCUGCCCUUAUUAUUUUCGGGUAGAAAAUCUACUCCAACUUCAAGUCUUGAUUCAAGCAUCGAAAAAGAUUCGGUCAAGGAUUGGAAAUUCGAGCAGCCUGUGAAAAUCCCGAGCUAUCUCAUCGCCAUUGCUGCUGGUGAACUCGUUUAUCGUGAAAUGGGGCAUCGAACUGGUGUGUGGGCCGACCCAGCUACGAUUGACAUGGCAUACGAAGAAUUCGCGUCAUCGACUGAACGAUUUGUUUCUACGGCGGAGAAGAUUGUGGGGGUAGAUUACGAUUGGGGAUCCUACGAUGUCUUGGUUCUCCCGCCGUCGUUUCCCUAUGGAGGAAUGGAAAACAGCAAUUUGACUUUCCUCACGCCCAGUCUUUUGACUGGCGACAAGAGCUUGGUAGAUGUUGUUGCUCAUGAGAUUUCACAUUCCUGGUUUGGUAACAACGUCGGAUGUGCGAAUUGGGGUUCAUUCUGGCUCAACGAAGGAUGGACCACAUAUCUUGAGCGUCUUAUUCUGCGCGAGAUCCACAGUGACGCUGAGCGUUAUUUCAGUUACAUCAUUGGCCGAAAGGCUUUGGCCGAUGCCCUCCAGGAGUUCAAGGACCAACCUAAAUUCCAACAACUAGAAAUUCAGUACGGAUUUGGAGAGGAUCCUGACCUCGCAUUUAGCUCGGUUCCAUACGAUAAGGGUUCCAACUUUCUGUUGUACCUUGAGGGUGUAGUGGGCGGAUUAGGGGUCUUUUUGCCUUACGCGAGUGAUUAUGUCAAAACUUUCAAGGGGAAGUCUCUCGACACCACCAUGUGGAAGGAUCAUCUGUUCAGCUACUUUGACAGCCAACCCGAAGUGAUAAGCAAAUUGGGAGCAGUGGAUUGGGAAGCUUGGUUACACGGACAUGGUCUCGAACUACCGGUCCAACCCAAAUAUGAUACCUCUCUCGCUGAUGACGCUUACGCUCUUGCAAAGAGAUGGAAUCAGGCACAAAACGAUGCCUCAAUCAAGUUUAGUCCAGAAGAUAUCAAAGAUUUUUCGUCAAACCAAAUUGUUGUCUUUCUUGAAAAGUUGGAUGAAGGAGUGGAUUGUCUCGAGAAGUCGACGAUCGAAAGCAUGAAUAAAAACUACAGAUUUAACAAGACUAACAAUCAAGAAAUCCGCUUGCGCUGGUAUUUGGUCAGUUUAAAGUCUGGCUGUUACUGCGGGGAUGCAGCGACUUGGGUCUCCAACAAAGGCAGGAUGAAGUUUGCUAGACCAGUAUAUAGAGCUCUAUUCAAGGUCAAGCCGGAAUUAGCCAGGCAGACCUUCAAGGAGAAUGCGGAUUUUUAUCAUCCCAUCUGCCGCGCUUUGUUAUCUAAGGAUCUUGGUUUAUCUUAA